AUGGCACAAAGAGGAACGCGCAUAGGGCCGCUGCCUGGGGGUCGACGGGGCGCGUCUGGAGCUGGCGCUGGACGCGACAGCAUGCGGGCCGCCAGCCGAGCGCAAGGAGCUACACGAUCACCUAGUAGCCCCCCGCAUCCAUCAUCCCCACCAGAAGGCUUGGUGUCGGCUGGGUCUUCUCGGACUCAGCAAGCGGCACCCGCCGCUGGUGCCACAAAAGCUAUGAACGAAAACGCAUUGCGAGCGUACUAUAGGGCGAAAGGGGAAGAAACUGUGGGGAUAGCGUAUAGGGCUCGGAUGCAUUGCUUUUUUGCUGAGCUGGAGCUGUCUAUUCCCGUCACGGAACAUAACCUGGCAGACCGAGAUCGGUACAUUAUGCGCUCGAAAUAUUUGAUGAUGCCGAACUCGAGCGACUACAACGUGAGGCUAUUACCUCAUCCAAUGAAUCGGCUAUGGCUGGGGAUGCGGCUCCACAGGCGACAGACCAGCAUCCACACGUGGAAGACGCCAUGGAUCUUCCAGUUGUAG